CCUGACUCAUAACUACUGUGCACUCUUGGACUUGGGGGAAGGGAAUGGUGAAGGGGGCUGGGAAUUCCCUUCUUGGUCCUUCCCCAGCAUGGCCGUCCCCUGGGCCCCUGACUCAUGGUCUCCUGCCUCUCUCUCUCUCUCCCCUCUGCUCCCAGGAACCAGAAGAUGUGCUCCAGAAUCCCCCUGCGCCUGCUGCUGCCGCUGCUGCUGCUGCUGCUGGCCCCAGAGCCCGGGGUGCGGGGCUGCCCAUCCGGCUGCCAGUGCAACCAGCCACAGACGGUCUUCUGCACCGCCCGGCAGGGAACCACUGUGCCCCGCGACGUGCCACCCGACACAGCGGGCCUGUACGUCUUCGAGAACGGCAUCACCACGCUCGACGCAGGCAGCUUUGCCAGCCUGCCGGGGCUACAGCUCCUGGACCUGUCGCAGAACCAAAUCGCCAGCCUGCCCAGCGGGGUCUUUCAGCCGCUCGCCAACCUCAGCAACCUGGACCUGACGGCCAACAGGCUUCGCGAGAUCACCAACGAGACCUUCCGUGGUCUGCGGCGCCUGGAGCGCCUCUACCUGGGCAAGAACCGCAUCCGCCACAUCCAGCCCGGGGCCUUUGACACGCUCGAUGGCCUCCUGGAGCUCAAGCUGCAGGACAACGACCUGCGGACCCUGCCCCCGUUGCACCUGCCGCGCCUGCUGCUGCUUGACCUCAGUCACAACAGCCUCCCGGCGCUGGAGCCUGGCACCCUGGACACAGCCAAUGUGGAGGCGCUGCGGCUGGCCGGCCUGGGGCUGCGGCGGCUGGACGAGGGGCUCUUCAGCCGCUUGCGCAACCUCCACGACCUGGACGUGUCUGACAACCAGCUGGAGCGCGUGCCACCCGCCAUCCGGGGCCUGCGGGGCCUGACACGCCUGCGGCUGGCGGGCAACACCCGCAUCGCUCAGCUGCGGCCCGAGGGCCUGGCCGGCCUGGUGGCCUUGCAGGAGCUGGACCUCAGCAACCUGAGCCUGCAGGCCCUCCCGCACGAGCUGUCGGGCCUCUUCCCCCGCCUGCGGCUCCUGGCGGCCGCCCGCAACCCCUUUAACUGCAUCUGCCCCCUGAGCUGGUUUGGGCCUUGGCUACGGGACAGCCACGUGGCACUAGCCAGUCCAGAGGAGACACGCUGCCACUUCCCUCCCAAGAAUGCCGGCCGACUGCUCCUAGACCUCGAGUAUGCAGACUUUGGCUGCCCAGCCACCACCACCACAGCUACGGCACCCACCACAAAGCCCGCGGUGUGGGGGCCCACGUUCUCCCCUUCCAGUCCGGCCCCCACCUGGCUCAACCCCACGGAGCUGGUCACCGAGGCCCCCAGCCUGCCCCCUGCAGACCCGCCCACGGUGCGGCCUCCACCCCGGCCCCAGGACUGCCCAGCCUCCGUUUGUCUCAACGGCGGCACCUGCCACCUGGGGGUGCAGGGGCACCUGGAGUGCCUGUGCCCUGAGCUCUUCGUGGGCCUGUACUGCGAGAGCCGCGCGCGGCAGGGGCCCCCGGCCAGCCCGGCCCCGGCCACGCUGCAGCCACCGCAGCCCCCGGCCCUGGGCAUCGAGCCGGCCAGCCCCACCUCCCUGCGCGUGGGGCUGCGGCGCUACCUGCAGGGCGGCGCCCUGCAGCUCAGAAGCCUCCGCCUCACCUACCGCAACCUGUCAGGCCCCGACAAGCGACCCGUGACGCUGCGCCUGCCCGCUUCCCUUGCCGAGUACACGGUCACCCAGCUGCGGCCAAACGCCACCUACUCCAUCUGCGUCAGGCCUCUGGGCGUUGGGCGAAUGCCCGAGGGCGAAGAGGCCUGUGGGGAGGCCCGCACACCCCCCGCCAGCCGCUCCAACCACGCGCCUGUCACCCAGGCCCGAGAGGGCAACCUGCCGCUCCUCAUCGCUCCUGCCCUGGCGGCCGUGCUCCUGGCCGCGCUGGCGGCCGUGGGGGCGGCCUACUGCGUGCGGCGGGGGCGGGCGGCGGCGGCGGCUGCGCACGGCAAAGCACAGCUGGGGCCCGGCGCUGGGCCCCUGGAGCUGGAGGGCGUGAAGGCCCCCUUGGAGCCGGGCCCUAAAGCGACUGAGGUCGGUGGGGAGGCCCCACCCAGCGGGCCCGAGUGUGAGGUACCACUCAUGGGCUACGCAGGGCCCAGCCCCCAGGGGCCCCUCUCCGCCAAGCCCUACAUCUAAGCCUGGGAGCAACGAAGCUGCGAGGCCGGGCUCAAAGCCCCGCUGGGACCCGCCGGCGCCCUCCUGCGGCCAGACCGAGGAAGUUCUCAGAUCCCUACCGGGGGGACACAGCUUGGUGGGCACUGUGUGACCACAGCAAGACCCCGCCCCUCCGUCUCCUCAUCCAUGAGAUCCUGGGA